AGAACGCCAUUGACAAAUUGUUUAAGCAAGCAAUUUUUCUCUUAAAAGCUGCCUGCUUGACUGGCUGAGAAUAUUUCAUUAUUCCUUCCCCGUAUCUCGAGAUCGAUAGCUGUUUCCUCUCAUAAACAAACAUGAAGAUUCUCACUAAAGAAGAAGAGCAAGCUCACUACAAUGCCGUCGUCAAGGGCGGUCUUGUCGGAGGUGCUCUUGGUCUUGCCGUUGGUGGUGCGGGUAUCUGGGCCGCCAGUGCACGAUUUCCUGCGUUUAGAUCCCUGACCAUACCGAUGCGGACUUUCCUUUUCACCUCCUCUGGUACUUUUGCAGCUAUCAUCAAUGCUGACCGGUCUUCCCGUGCUUUUGAAAUUUCCCGCCACCCUGACGAACAAUAUCGCGAUGAGUCGUCUCGCGAGCUGCAACAGCUCGAGGCGCAAAAGUCUAGCUACGAGAAAUUCAUGGACUGGGGCCGUGAAAACCGGUAUCCUAUUGUCGGUGUCUCAUGGCUGGCAUCCAUGGCCGUUGCGCUCGGUCUCGUUGGUCGCAAUCCCUACCUCUCGACGCAACAAAAGCUGGUGCAGGCACGUGUGUAUGCCCAAGGUUUGACGCUGGCAGUAUUGGUAGCUACGGCCGCCUUUGAGAUUGGCGACGCGAAACAGGGUCAGAGCCGAUGGCAGACGGUCAAGGUGGUUGAUCCCAACGAUCCGGAGCACAAGCGCAUCAUUGAGAAGAAGAUUCACCGUGAGCGCUACGCUGGUGAGGACCAGUGGAUGGACAUGGUCGAGACAGAAGAGCGUAAGCUCAAGGAGCGCGAGCAGGCCGUUCACGCUAAGGAGCAAAAAGAUGCUCAGAAGCAGAAGUCCAACUAACGGGCGAUUGCCUGGUUGGCCGUUACGAGCUGGAAAAUGUGCCUUUUUGUUACCCUCGAUUGAUUGGACGCGUUGGAUACACGCUGGAUAUUAUCCCAUCUUGUAGGGAGAUUUGCCAGUCCCCAGGUUUGCCGACAUCAUUAAUCUUGGAUCCCGACUCUCGCUCUC